AGACCUGAUGAAGCAAGAUACUAAAAACUGCAUUUUAAUACGCAGUGUUACUCAGGAGCAGGGUAUGACGCAUAAUCCUCAGAUACGUGAAUACAGUGGGGUCUCUGCGGUCGCCACUAGCCACUGUUGCUUUUUGGCUCAUUUUUUGUAAUUAAAUAAUUUGAUGACCAGACAAUAAAAGCACGGACACCUCCGUUUGUUGCUGGAGGGAAACUCACGUCUCCUUUGCGCCUAUCAUGUUGCGCUGGCUCUGGGGUGCGGAAACCGGAAGUGACAUAUAUGCAGCGCUCGACCCGAUCCAGCAGCGCGAGAGCUGCUCGGUUCGGCUGGUUGCUUUAUUGCAGCUUGUCAUUUUCACUGCCCUCGUUUCCCAUCCUCUUCGCGUUCGAAACGUAGGAAAUCUGUGUCCUCGAGAGUCGAGCUAUUGCACGAAGCCGGGCUGAACCCUGCCCAGCUCGUUUAAGCGGGUCGGUCACUUACGGACCGAUCGGACGACCGCAGACGGCUGUGAAACGGCUCGAUCCAGGGUGUUGGAAUAGGGGUUGAAAACGCUCCUUUCAUUAAUCCGCAUGGCCAACUAAGGGGAACACGGCAUGUCAGCGAAAUCGAUUCCUUUGGUGGGCUACGGUUCGUCGUCCGACUCGGACAGCGACGCUGGGGAGCAAGGCCAGCAUGAGACGGAUGGACGUAAUGAGAGUGGAACUGAAGUGAAGAGUCAGAAUUUGUUACUGGAGUCAGGGUUUGGGUCCAGUUCUAGUUCUGACUCUGAAGAGAAUCCCAACGUGCAGACUGGCCUAGAGGUGCCAGUUGAGCCGGAGACCAGUGCCCCGGCCUCGGCAACACAACAGCCUGGCGGCAGACUGCCACCGCCGCCCCCCAGCGUGCUGUCUGGCAGCAGCGUGUUUGCCAACCCAUUCAAAGAGCAGGCGGAGGAGCGGCUAAGCUUCUUGCAGAAACACGUGCCCCUGACCACACAGGCCCGGCCCUCACAUAUCGGGGGCCGCAGCAUGUGCGUCGCAUACCGGCGGGACGGCCGCUGUCGCUUUGGCAGCAGCUGCAAGUUUGCCCACGACAGCGACCUGCAGAUACCGAUGGGCGGCCACCAGAGCAAUCUCAGCAGCCCGGCCCAACAGAGCGUGGCUGAGGAGCCGGAGGGAGACUCAAAGGAGGUACUGGAGGAAGGGGCGAAGAGGAAGAGGAAGGUGGGGCUGAGUGACGGCCUGACACCCCCCAAAAGAGCCCUGAAACAGUACAAGGCACAGAGGAAGAAAGAGGGGCUCAGUCCACUUUCUUGAGUGCAUUAGACUUUGCCAUUUUAGAUGUGUACAGGUGACAGUAGACACUAACAGUAUCACUGUAGGUGACUGAUGUGUCUCUUCCCAUGACUUUAAUAAAUGUUUUUAUAUACCA